UCAAAAAAUCAGCUGGCGUGCGUACGCGAAGGGGUGCUUGAGGAGAACUGGGGGGUAGUCAUGGUUUUUUAAUCACUUUUUCAUCAUUCCAGAAGCUUUGUGGUUUUCUUAUUCUCUAUAUAGAUGUUGCAAGACAUUUACCUAUCAUGAAGGAGUUUCAUGCAGCCAAGACCAAGAUGUAUAGCUUGAGGUCCUACACUCUCAGUAGCCUUCCCCAUGAAGUACUAGUCCAACUCUUCAAAUUUCUGCCUCUCAGGGACUUAAUAAACACCAGACAAGUUUGCUCCAAAUUCAAAUGGCUUAUAGACAGCACACCUCACCUGUGGACAACAGCCACUCUCGUUGAUGAAUGGCCCAAUAAUGUCAAUUUCAAUCAUUUUGAAAGAGCUGCUAAUAUGGACAAUGUGGAGGCAUUGAUCAAGAUGGGCAUAGCUUGCCUCUACAAUGAAGGAUAUCCUGGAUCAUUCGAUAAUGACACCAGUACCAAAGGUCAUCAUGCUGCAGAUUUCCUCUGCCGGGCAGAGAGACUCCUGAAAGGCAGAGACCUGUUCUUGUGGGCUCUUAUACGACCCCCGUGGAGCAAGAACAGUGCCUGCUGCAAGGCUACUGUUUUCAAACUAUUAAAGGAAAUGGCAGUCAACUCUCAGGAAUGUGACGAAACAAUACUUUACUGCAUUGCAAGAAUCACCAUCAUACUGCAGGAUGAGGAUCCUGACGAUGAUGGUGAGGGUUGUAUGGCAGAGGACACUCACACCUGGCUGGCCAGAGCUGCAGCUGCUGGCUCACACAAGGCAAUGCUGCAGCUAUGGCAGUAUAAUGAGAAGGAAUGCCUGGAUGCUGCCUCCAAGCUGGACAGAAUAAGACAACUCAGGGAAAUUGUGGCAUCACAUCCAUCCAAAGUGGCCAAGAUGGAAUUAUUCAACGCCUAUGCCAAGGGCCACUUUGGUGGUCUCUUGGAGUCCCAAGCAGCUGAAGCCACCCGUGCGUAUGUCCAGGAAUCAGGUCUGGGCAACUCACACAACAUCUUUAAUGUGCAGUCAUCGCUCAACAAUGCAAUGAGAUAUAUCCUAGUGGAUUGGCUGGUAGAGGUAGCAAGCAUGAAGGGCUACUCCUCGCACACUCUACACAUGGUGGUGGGCUGCAUUGAUCGCUAUCUCAUGCACCAACCUGUCUCCAGGGGGAACCUACAGCUGGUGGGCAUUACAGCAAUGGUUAUCUGCUCAAGGUUACUAGAGCCUGACAUCAUCACCAUUAGGGAGGCAGCUUGGCUUACAGACCGCACCUACAGAUACGAGAAGGUUGUUAGAAUGAUGGGAGACAUCUUAGCAACGCUACAUGGAAAAAUAGAUGUGCCAUCAAUGUGGGAAUACCUGAUCCUAUACUGUCAGCUAGUCGGUGCAGAUCGGCGUUUGAAGUAUCUUGCCUUGUACAUCAGUGAGUUAACUCUGCUCCACAUUGAGUUUGGUCGCUACUCCUUUGGCCACCUAGCAGCCUGUGUUUUCUACCUGGCCAGAAUCAUUUAUGCUUGUGAUUGCCCAUGGCCCUCCAAGCUGAUAGAUUACACCAGCUUCCAACCUGGAGACCUUGUAUCAUGUACACUCCAUGUGCACAAGAAGUGUUUUGCUGAGGAGCCAUUGUUAGACCAUCGCAACAUCAAACUGUCAGCUGUGAAGCAGCGCUAUGCUGAAGACGAAUUCCACACUGUCAGCACCAUUGCAGUCUUGGAUCACGCUGCAUUGUGCACGCAGCUCUACGUCAAGGAGAAUGACUUGAUAGUAGAAGACAAGAUCCUCCCCUUGCCUGGAACCCCGACUCCCUGUGGCAGGAUAGAGCCCUUCCUCCUGUCACCAUCCCGGACCUCAAGGUCAAACAGGCAUCAGGAGGAGCCUAAACAGGACAGGGAAGACCUUGUUACCACGCCAACAGGUGAGCUAUCCACCAGUGCCCUUGAGAGGAGCUUCCAAGAGGCCAAGAAUGAGAGUAUGAUGUCGUUGGAGUCGGGAUACGAUGCCGACAUGGAAAGUGACGCUGAGGGAGAAUCCUUAACUGACGCUGCCAACAAUAAUGGCUGUAUACGACCAACCCCCAUUUUUGACACACACCUUUCUGAUGCUACCUCCUCUGUUGACUCUCAAGCGUCAACCUCCACUGCUGCAGGCUCUUCACACAAAUCAUUCCAUUCCUCUCAGGCCCAGCCCACUGUUUUCACCAGCGCUGCAAGUUCAAUACCAAUUGCCCAAUCCCAGGUUGUCCCAAGUGUUCUAUGUUCUACCAGCAAUCCAAAAUUUGCAGCAGGAGACCAGCAGAGCCCGAAUAACUCCAUCAUCCGCAAUAACCGCAAUGCCUCAAUGGAAAAACUAGCCCAAUAUCAGAGACCCUAUUCAGGGCAGGCUUUUAAGUUUGACUCCAAUGGGAAGUUGAGACUUGGAUCACCACGGCGACCACUGAAGCGACUGGAGAACAGUCAUUGUCGGAGAAAAUCCAGGAGGCAGUUUGCCAACAGGAGGAACACAAGUCAACAACAUGAGGGUGAGAACGUACAACUUCAGACAUAAUCAGGGAUGCCUUACGGCUUGACUCCACCAUUUUUCGAUUCCUUCCAUAAGCCUUUACAUGUAGUCAGUUUAAAAUACAUGGCCAAUUUGGUGAGGAAUCUGAAUAGGAUAUUAAAAGAAUGAUACAUGUAUGUAUGUAUAUGAGUAACAAAUUGCUGAUAAAAGGUCAUUGAGGGGAGUCAUAUUAAUUAUUUGCUGCCUAAUGUCUCAGUUUUCAUAGACCAAACAGAUCAACUUGCUGCAUGGUACAACACAUUAACCCUAACCCUCCUCAAUACUUCAACAGGUGAAGGAUUGAGGAGGAUUAGGGUUAAGUUUAACUUCUACAGAUUCAACAACGGCUCGAAAUUGACUGGCACAGGUAGCUAAAAUGCACCCGUUUGUCUCAGAAAUGUGCCCGUAAAUCAUAAUGUUGGGCGCAAGUACUUAUUCCCAUUUGAUUCCAUGUACACGUAUCUGAACAUUUUUACCGCUUGUUUCUACUUUUGUCAGGAAAAAUACCUGAACUUUUGACUUUACUUCAGAUCAGCCUUGUUACGGAACCCUAACACGUUACAAUUUUGUUUACAGUGUCACAGAGCGCACGCCGCAGUCUUGCAUACACACACAUGAACGCACACACACGCAUACCCACAGCCAGUGUCAUGAUUGUAUGGAAACUGGCCCCCCUGUGCGUAAAUUCAAGCCAAACAAGUGGAUUCAGCUUAGACUUCAGUUUCACUG